GUCGCAGGACUUCACUUGUCACAAAUUCAUAUUUGGUUGUUCAUUGUCAAGCUGCUACUUAAUGAGAAAAUGGACGUUUAUCUAUGGGGUGCAAAAAAACAUUUAUCAGAGUAUUUUAAAGGUCAAUACACCCUCCCCAUGAUUAUAAAAUCAACAGAAGGAUAUUAUGGAAGUUCAGAAGAGACAACAAUCGAAAAAGAUCAGGUGAUUGCCGUCAGGGAGAUCUUUGACCAAGAAAGAGUUAUCGGUUUCAAUUCUGUUUGUGUUUUAACCAUACCAUAUGAAAGUGACUGCCAAUUCAUGCUAUCAAAUGACAGAUUUAAUCAGUCAGAAACAAUGGCAUCUGUUCUACAAAAGCAUUCCAUACCCUUUACUGUUAAUCUGCAGUCUAAAUUCCCAACUAUGAAACAGCAUGAUUUAUUCAAAUAUACACGUGAAAUUAAAAUUACACAUAAAAGAUCCCUAAAAUAUCUUCUAUGUUACGAUAUAAUCAAUGAUUUACCUACCCGAGAAUUUAUACUGCCCUUUGAUUUAAACAUAGAUGUCGAACGUGCUUAUGAUGUACGUUGCUCUAGCAAAUAUGCUUGGCUCCCUUACUAUGCAAUUUUAAGGUCAAAUCUGUCUUUAUUACCACCAUUCAACACAAGAAAUUUCACAGAUAUUUGUAUUUACCAGAAAAACAGAGAUUUCUUGAGAAAUUUACCUGAGUUUUUGUUUAAGCCUUGUCUAAUGAAGUUUGAAAAUAUUCGCCAACGUCAAGGAGGUGAUACAUAUGAGAAUCCUUCAGUUUUGAGACGACCACCAAUGCCUUUACCAAGAAGGAAAUCGGAAUCAUCAGAAGAUGCUUCAUCACCACCAAACUCAUCAACAACACUUCCUCCUCCACUUCCUCUCCGAUCAAAAAGAGUUCUAAAUACUUACGUAUCAACCCCAACUCAAUUACCAUUAUUCAGACGUAAUUCAGAGACACAUUGCUGAGGUACAUUUUUCUAUGGUUGGUUAUCCUUCCUGUUUCCAACUCUCACCUGCAUCCAAGUGAAAUAAUUUAUCCCUGAGUCUUUGAACAAUGAACAGUUCACUGGCCAAGAUAUCUUCACCUGGCUGAUUCUAAACAAACAGCGCCAUUGCUGAUAAUGUUGGUCUUCUUUUCACUCAUCAUUAACUCAGAGUUAAAACAGACAGAAAUUGACUCAUGGAUACACACACAAACAUUUAUAUCUCUCUGUCUGUCUGUCUGUCUGUCUAUCUAUCUAUCUAUCUGUCUGUCUGUCUGUCUAUCUAUCUAUCU